AUGAAAGUUUAUCAUUCCGGUAAUUCCAAAAAGAAUACAGAAUCAGGAGUAGGGGAAACGAGGAAGCCUGGAUAUUCCAGAGAUAUGCUGAGCCUUCUAGCCCUCGUCUGCGUCAUUGCCUUCGUUGUUGCCGGCCAGACCUCUACAACUUACAGUGACCACAACCCGACCUAUUCUACAAGCACUUACAGUGACCACAACCCCACCUAUUCUACAGGUACUUACAGUGACCACAGCCCACCCUAUUCUACAAGCACUUACAGUGACCACAACCCAACUUAUUCUACAGGCACUAAUAGUGGCAACAACCCUCGCCUUGGAGGAGGAUCAAGAUUACGACCAUAUUCUAAUGCGUUGAACUUUGGGGGUGGAUCUGCUGUUGCUGCUGUUGCCGCCGUUACUGACCGACGUGCUGUCGCAUCUGCUUCAGCCACUGCUGCUGGUAGAUUUGUUAGUUUAAGAGCCGGGUUGGGUGGCGGUAUGCGCGGUAACAUGAACGGUGGUAUAGGCCGUCGCAUGGGCGGUGGCAUGGCUGGUGAUAUGGGUGGUCGCAUGGGAGGUCACAUGGAUGGUGGCAGGAACGGUGGCAGGCGAGUUGGCCAAAAUAAUCGUAUGGGCGGUGACAUGGGUGGUCACAUUGGAAGUGGCAUGCAAGGCGGCAGGAGUGGCAACAUGCAAGGCGGCAGGAGUGGCGGCAUGCGAGGUAGCAGGAAUGGGGGCAUGCGAGACAGCAGGAGUGGUGGCAUGCGAGGUGGCAGGAGUGGUGGCAUGCGAGGUGGCAGGGGUGGUCCCAAUGACGGUGGUCGCAUGGGCGGUGGCAUGGAUGGUCAGAUGGGAGGCCAUAUCGGUGGUGGUAUGCGCGGUGGCAUGGCCAAUGAUGUCGGUGGAACCGGUGUCAGUACCGGAGGUGGACGUGGCGGCACUUAUAGUGGCCACGAGUCAAGUCAUCACGGGGUGAACUUUGGAGAUGGAUCUGCUGCAGUCGCUGCUACUGAUAGAUUUGUUAGCUUAAGAUCCGGUUUAGGUGUCGGCAUGCGACGUGGUAUGCGCGGUGGCAUGCGUGGUGGCAUGGGCAGUCGUAUGGGUGGUAGUAUGAACGGUAGCAUGGGUGGUCGCAUAGGUGGUCGCAUGAGCGGUGUUAUAAGCGGUAGCAUGGGUGGUCGCAUGGGCGGUGGAAUGGGUCGUGGGAGGAAUGGUGACAUGCGAGGUGGCAGGGGUGGUCGCAUGGACGGUGGCAUGGUUGGUGGGAGGAAUGGUGGCAUGCGAGAUGGCAGGGGCGGUCGCAUGGACGGUCGCAUGGGCAAUGGUAUGCGCGGUGGUAUGAACGGUGGCAUAGACAGUGGCAUCCACGAUAGGAUGGGCAGUGGUAACGGCGGUGGUAAUGGCGAUGGUAACGGCGGCGGACACAAUGGUGGAAGCGGUGAAAUGCUGAGCCUUCUAGCCCUCGUCUGCGUCAUUGCCUUCGCUGUUGCCGGCCAGACCUCUACAACUUACAGUGACCACAGUCCACCCUAUUCUACAGGCACUUACAGUGAUCACAACCCAACCUAUUCUACAAGCACUUACAGUGAUCACAACCCAACCUAUUCUACAGGCAGUGACCACAACCCAACUUAUUCUACAGGCACUUACAGCGACCACAACCCCACCUAUUCUACACGUACUUACAGUGACCACAACCCUACCUAUUCUACAGGCACGUACAGUAACCACAACGCACCCUAUUCUACAGACACUUACAGUGACCACAACCCGACCUAUUCUACAGGCACUUACAGUGACCACAGCCCACCCUAUUCUACAGGCACUUACAGUGAUCACAGCCCAUCCUAUUCUACAAGCACUUACAGCGACCACAACCCUACCUAUUCUACAAGCACUUACAGUGACCACAAUCCCACCUAUUCUACAGACACUUACAGUGACCACAACCCGACCUAUUCUACAAGCACUUACAGUGACCACAGUCCACCCUAUUCUACAAGCACUUACAGUGACCACAACCCAACUUAUUCUACAGGCACUAAUAGUGGCAACAACCCUCGCCUUGGAGGAGGAUCAAGAUUACGACCAUAUUCUAAUGCGUUGAACAUUGGGGGUGGAUCUGCUGUUGCGACUGUUGCCGCUGUUACUGACCGACGUGCUGUCGCAUCUGCUUCAGCCACUGCUGCUGGUAGAUUUGUUAGUUUAAGAGCCGGGAUGGGAGGCGGUAUGCGCGGUGGCAUGAACGGUGGUAUAAGCAGUCAUAUGGGCGGUGGCAUGGCUGGUAAUAUGGGGGGUCACAUGGGUGGUGGCAGGAGUGGUGGCAUGCGAGUUGGCCCAAAUAAUCGCAUGGGCGGUGGCAUGCAAGGCGGCAGGAGUGGCGGCAUGCGAGGCGGCAGGAGUGGCGGCAGGCAAGGUGGCAGGAAUGGUGGCAGGCGAGGCAGCAGGAAUGGUGGCAUGCGAGGCAGCAGGAAUGGUGGCAUGCAAGGUGGUAGGACUGGUGGCAUCCGAGGUGGCAGGGGUGGUCGCAAUGGCGGUGACAUGGAUGGUCGGAUGGCAGGCCAUAUGGGUGGUGGUGUGCGCGGUAGCAUGGCCAAUGAUGUCGGUGGUACCGGUGGCAGUACUGGAGGUGGACGUGGCGGUAACAGAAGAACAAGGGUGUAUUAA